AUGUCCCGCAAUCCCCAAGGCAUGCAGUCAAUCACCGACGCCAUUGAACAAGACUUUGCAUAUGGUCGCCGCCCAUGGAGCUCCACAUGCCCAGUCCCCAUGCCCCAUGAGCCCGUCUACAAAUUCUCAGAGUCUGCUCUCCCAGUCGGUCACUUCAAAGACGACAUUCCCAGCGAUGGCUCCCCAUCAGCCAACCGCAAGAAAGACGCGAAGGCCUAUCUCAUGGUGAAGCGCGACGGAGACAAGACUGGUUUCCUGUGGUGUGAUGCGGAUGGCGAGGCCGUGGAGAAGGACUGCAUAGAGAUGGCUGAGGGUCUCGUUGUCAAGAAGUUGAAGAAGGAUUUGGUAGAGAUGUACAACGCUCAGGAGGAGAGGCUUGUGAAAGACUACAAUUGUGCCAUCUUGGUUAUGGUGGCUCGGCGUAUGCUUGUCAAGUUUGCGGAGAGGGGAACGGCUGAGCCGCCUGUCAUUGAUGAUGAAGAUCGGAUUGAACGGUUCAUUCCUUACAUCAAGAAGGAUGUGCUCUGCAGCGAGACUGAUCCAGAGCUGAACUGA